AUCAUUUGUACUAGACAGCACAGUCAAUUAGACAGCUUCAGGGGAAUAGAGGUGGUCAGUUUAAAACCCCAAAUAUUGAGUCUGUCUGAAAUAGUCUCCACUGAGAGAGUGACUUUCAUUUCGAUUUUGUGAUGCCUUCCUACACUGUGACUGUGGCAACCGGUAGCCAGUGGUUUGCUGGUACAGAUGAUUAUAUUUAUCUGACUCUUGUGGGAACUGAAGGAUGCAGCGAGAAGACUUUGCUGGAUAAACCACUCUAUAAUGACUUUGAAAGAGGAGCUGUUGAUUCCUACGAUGUGAAUGUGACAGAGGACCUGGGUGAAAUUCAGCUGGUAAAGAUUGAGAAACGGAAGUACUGGGUGCACGAUGACUGGUAUUGCAAAUACAUCACUGUCAAAACCCCAGGUGGGGAGUACGUGGAGUUCCCCUGCUACAGAUGGGUUACCGAUGACAAAGAGAUCGUCCUUAGAGAUGGAAAAGCACGAUUACCCCAGAACGAUAAAACAAGGCUGGCCAAACAGCACAGACGCAAAGAACUUGAAACGAGACAAAAGUUGUACAGGUGGAAAGAAUGGCACCCAGGUUUCCCUAUGAGUAUAGAUGCCAAUGCGCAUAAAGAGCUUCCUCGUGACAUUCAGUUUGAUAGUGAGAAGGGAGUAGACUUCAUCCUUAACUACACAAAGGCGAUUGAGAACCUCUAUGUCAAUCGGUUCAUGCAUAUGUUCCAGUCUUCUUGGAGUGACUUUGCUGACUUUGAGCGGAUCUUUGUGAGGAUUAGCAACACAAUCUCAGAGUAUGUCAUGCAGCACUGGCAGGAGGACUUCAUGUUUGGAUACCAGUUCCUGAAUGGCUGCAAUCCUGUCAUCAUCAAAAAAUGCACAGCGUUGCCAGAAAAGUUCCCCGUCACUCAUGAAAUGGUUGAGCUCUGCCUGGAGCGAAACCUCACUCUGGAGGAGGAGAUAAAGGAAGGCAAUGUUUACAUUGCUGAUUAUGAAAUGCUGGAAGAUGUAACACCGAACUCUACAGAUCCCUGCACCAUUCAGUAUUUGGCGGCUCCCAUUUGCCUACUUUACAAGAAUUCUGAGAACAAAAUUCUUCCAAUCGCCAUUCAGCUGGGUCAAAUUCCAGGGGAAAACAAUCCAAUUUUCCUACCAAGUGAUGCUAAAUAUGACUGGAUUCUGGCAAAGAUCUGGGUGCGAUCUUCUGAUUUCCACAUUCACCAAACUGUCACACAUCUCCUCCGGACACAUCUCAUUUCAGAAGUUUUCGGAAUCGCCAUGUUUCGCCAGCUUCCUGCUGUCCACCCCAUCUUCAAGCUUCUCAUUCCCCAUGUGCGCUUCACCAUUGCCAUCAACACCAAGGCUCGAGAGCAGCUCAUCUGCGAGUGCGGACUCUUUGAUAAGGCCAAUGCUACAGGUGGAGGGGGCCAUGUUCAGCUGGUGCAGAGGGCCAUGAAGGAUUUCACGUAUCAAUCCAUGAUCUUCCCUGAAGCCAUAAAACUCAGAGAAAUGGAAAGUCAGGAAGAGCUCCCCUAUUUCUUUUACCGAGACGAUGGGAUGAGAGUCUGGGAAGUAGUCAAGAGGUUUGUGACGGAUGUUGUGAACAUCUACUAUGACAGCGAUGAGUCAGUUCAGAAUGAUGAGGAGAUACAAGCCUUUGUGAAGGAUGUAAGCGUCUUUGGGAUGCAGGACACCGAAAAUUCAGGGUUCCCGAAGACCAUUAAGACACUGGAGAAACUGAUUGAGUAUUUGACCGUUGUGAUCUUCACCGCCUCAGCACAGCAUGCUGCUGUCAAUUUUGGGCAGUACGACUGGUGCUCCUGGAUUCCGAAUUCCCCCCCUACCAUGCGCCGCCCACCACCCACCGAGAAGGGCGUCACGACGAUUGAGUUUAUCAUCGAGUCUCUUCCUGACCGUGGCCGAUCCUGCUGGCACCUAGGGGCUGUCUGGGCCCUCAGCCAGUUUCAGGAAAAUGAAUUAUUUUUAGGCAUGUACCCAGAUGAACACUUUAUCGAGAAACCGGUGAAGCAGGCCAUGGCGAGAUUCCGGAAGAACUUGGACGAGGUUGCCAGCAUCAUCAAGGAAAGAAACAAAAACAAGAAACUGCCCUACUAUUACUUUUCACCUGACAGGGUCCCAAACAGUGUUGCGGUUUAACUUGUCGAAGAGAACCCAGGGCUUGGCUAUUCCAGUUGAGUAAAAGAGCUUAAUAUUAUGUUUGGAAAAAAACGAAAUCCUUGUCUUGCUUUUUCAAUGGAUUGUUUUCGUCGUAUAUAUUUUAAAAGGUAAUCAGGAGACUCUUGUAAUUUAUUCUUUAUUGAUCUUUAAUGAUGAAGAGUGGGAUUUUUUCAUUGGAAAGUUUAUAGCUUCCUACUGGCUUUAAAAAAAGAUCUAUGCAUAAAUUAAAUUUUACUAUGGAACGGGGACUAAAAUUUACCCCACUGGGCACAAGUUCUCAAGGGGAAAAUGUUUAGAACUGCGAUAUACUAAGGACCAAAAUUGAGAUAUUCCUCCACUUCACAUACUGUACAUAAAGCUUGCUUUAUAUCCUGAGGGAAACCAAAAGUACAAGAUUCUCUCACAUUUCUCUUUCUAAACAAUCCAGUUUUUGUGGGUGCGGGGAUGCACUGAGCUGUUUUCUGGUGUCUUACAGCAGUCCUGCUUUCAUUGAACUGUUUGGCUUAGAGUUAGGUUUGAACAGUUUGUUUAUAACACUGUCUUGAGAAAUUGGAACAGAAUACCAUCAGCAUAGAACUCAGGUGGUCUGUUCCCAAGAUCUUUUUUUUUUAAUUCUUUCAAAGUAAUGCUCAUGUACAAUUUGCUAGAAAGAAGGAUUAGUGAUAGCAAUUCAAUAUAAUCUUAAGUCUGAGAUUCAUUGGUACUGCAAGUGUGAUGCGCAUUUGGCACUAUAUCUGUUUUUUACAUGGCUUUGAAAGCGAAUGGAAUUGUAUGCGAUUGUCUAUGAGACACAUUUAAAAUGCUAUUAACCCCUUGAAAGGCAUUAGUCAGUUGUGGAGAAAUGUUUUGGCAAACACCACAGGUUAACAAAAUACAUGUAUAAAUUAAUAAAAACUUAACCCUGCAUGCAUAGCCAUUUAGUCUCACUCAGAUAUGUUUACAAGUGAAGAAUUGUAUUUGAUUAUUGGUGCAGUGAUCAGUGAUUUGUAUGCUUUGCAGUGUCUUGUUCCUACAAACCAAUGUAUUAACAUAAAACAAUUGUUGAAAUGUACAUUUUCUCUCUCUUUUAUUAUAAUGUAUAUCCAAUAAAUUCAAUUCAGCACUCUUUAAGAGAA